UGACUGUGAUGAACUCAUAUAUAAAGAGGCAUGCCUUCUUCAACACAAUAUGCCUUCAGUCCUCGAAAGAGCAGUGGUUGUUGAAGGAGUAAGUGGUAUCUGCAGUAAAUACAAUUCAGGGAAGAAUGGCUUCUGACAUGGACUCCAAUACUGCUGGUGUGCAAUACAACCGCUGGAAUGAAGACAACAUCAAUCUGAAUGUGGCUGGGACAGGUGUAACGGGGCUGUACAACAGAUUCUGCACUGGCACCUUGGGCAUAGCUAUCAAGGUGGCCGGAGCUUUGGCUGCACUGGUGGUUGUUUACGUCAUUGGAUAUGUCACUGGAUAUUACGUCCACAAAUGCUGACCGACCACUGACCCGAAGGACCCUCAACAGAUGGAAUUAUGUUGGGAUUGCAGUUUGCUUGUUGUAAAGUGAUUUUACAGCUUCCCACAGCUUUGUCUUAUAUGUGAAAAGUCAUUGCAAUUAAGUCUAAAAACAUGAACAUAAUGUUUGACUUACAGUGCUUGGUAUUCAAUAUGUUCUUGUCACUAAGUGAUAUCUAUUUCAAUUGUUUUUUCAAGAUUGUACUACAGGGCUUGUUAUGUUAGCCUAUUCAACUGUAUAUCAAGGCCAUGUGGAUUCAAUAUUUUAAUGAAAGGACACAGGCAAUACUAAUAGUAAUAAAAAAAGCUGUUGAAAAUA